CGUAUGCAAAUUAUUGAAGUGUAGCUCUUGAGAUUGCCUCAAGCUGGCGUCAGAUUCCACGAACAGGCAUUCCUGACUAGACCACCAAUUGGCCAUGGCUGGCUGAACCUCGUCUUUCAUGUGACACAGGACGUGAGCAGAACAAGUCGGUUGGUUGAUAUAUUGCACGCUUUCUGUUCUGCAUUAUUCAAAAAGCGGCCUGAUAGGAAUCAGAUUGUGUUAUUACUGUGUACCGUCACCCGCUACACUCGUAGAAAUAGGCCGUAUCUAGUGUUCAGACCGUUCAGUUCGCUCGGAACUAGCCACUCUUGUUUCUUCGACUAGCAGGAGCUCGUCGUGCAUCCUAUUCGCGUUCUUACUUAAAAGGGGGACUAACAAGAUUUUCUCUGUGCGGUAUCACUCGUCGUCAAUUCGUCGCGCUCCUUCUUCGAGCCCUUCCUCUCCAUCAUUCUUCCUCGCCAUGACGCGACCUGCCGUAGUAGUGUCGACGAGGCCCGGGGUCUGUACGGCACGGAGCCGCGUAUCUUCGCCUCGCAGCUCGUUGCUCCUCGCCGCGUUGCUUGUACUGCUCUCCGCCUCCGGGACUUCCGCCGUCAAAAUCGGCACGCUGGCCAGGCCCAUCUACGUGGCUCCGUCACAAAUCCCAGCCAUGAUGGAGCUGCGCUCGGUGUGGGGCAAGUUCAUGGACCUGCGGUCGUGGAACGCCACCAACCCGUGCAACCGCUGGUGGCUCAUCACGUGCUGGACCAAUGGGCUCGUGCGGCGCAUGGACAUCAGCUCCAAGUCCAUCUUCGCCACUCUGCCUUCUGUCCUCGGCAAUCUCACCUCUCUCGAAGAAUUCAUCGCCACCACAAAUUGGAUCUACGGCGAUAUUCCUGACUCGUUCAGCCGCCUCGUCAACCUAAAGAACCUGCAGCUGUUCAAGAACUACUUGAACGGCACCAUUCCUGCCUCCAUGGGCAACAUGAGGAGCCUUUACCAGCUGCAUCUGAACAUCAACUACCUCACGGGAGGCAUACCCGAGUCGUUCUCCCAGCUCACCAACAUGCGCAAGUUCUAUGUGUCAAGCAACUGGCUCUCAGGCCCCUUCCCCCCCGUGCUCUGCAACAUGACGUCAAUCUGGGAGCUGCGCAUCAGCUACAACCACUUCUCGGGCACUGUUCCCGAGUGCAUCAGCAACCUCAAAAACGCCUACUACCUGUACAUCGACACCAACUGGUUCACAGGCACGCUUCCCAGCACCAUAGGCGACCUGCCCAUGCUGCAGAACCUGUUCAUCAACCAGAACAGUCUCAGCGGUCCCCUCCCCCCCACCAUCACCAGCCUCACCAAGCUGCGCAUCCUUUUUAUGAGCAGCAACCCCUACUUGGAUCAUGAGCUGCCAUCUGACCUUGGCAACAUGGUCAGCCUCACGGACUUCAUGGUCAGCCUCACGGACUUUGUGAUGGAGUUUGCAGCAUUCAAUGGCACCAUCCCUGAUUCCAUCACCAAUCUCACUCGCCUCUCCCGCAUUCUGCUGGACAACUGCCGAUUCACCGGCUCCAUCCCGCAGGGCAUCAGCAACCUCAAGGCGCUCACAGUGCUCUAUCUGGAGGGCAACCGCUUCUAUGGCAGUUUCCCCUCGGGGAUUCUGAAACUUCCCCAGCUCUCUCUUGUCAACCUGCAUGACAAUCAGUUUUCGGGGCCGCUUCCCACGGGCUUCAUCAACAGCACAUUGCUGACGGCCGGCCAAUAUAACAUGCACCACAACUUCUUCUAUGGGAACGCGUCUGUAACCGCCGGUGGGGUUACCAAAUGCCCUAUGGACCAGACUCGCCGCGGGAUAUUUUACCAGUCGUCGCUGGCGUACAAUUGCUUGAAAUACCCGCCGGGUAGUCCGUGUGCGCUGGCGAACAAGAUUGAAAGGCAGGUGGAUAACUCCACGUGUAAAAGGUUCUGUGGCGCUGAUGUGGCAACAUGUGGCGGGCAUGGUUCAUGCUGGUUUGGCCCUGGAAGGAACCCUUCAUGUGAUUGUGAUGCCGGGUAUGUGCCGACGCUCGACAAGCAAUCGUGUAUCCCUGCACCUUGAAAAGGUGCACUGUUUGAAUGGCUUAGGGCAGUGGUAAUACAUAAGAAGUUUUAUGUUAUUAUGGGAAAGACAUGUAACACAUUUAUAUAAUAUUUCAUUUUGACGGCAA